CCUUUUACUACCAUGACGAAAUCUGCAGGUGGCCUUAAUAUUUAGACCUGACCUGUAAAGUAUAAAGGGCAGAUAACUCUAUUAGUCAAAAUGGAGGCGUACGAUUGACUGUCAAGAAACAAUUCAAGUAAAGGUAGAAAAAUGAAAACCUACAAAUUAUCGCUUCAUAGCAAGACACAAAAAGAUGCAGAUAUUUUACUGAAUCCUAAAGAAUUCCCAGAUAUUAAUCUUGGAGAUGUUGUAGAGAUUUACGACCAAGCAGAGGCAUAUAGUCGCCUUCUGUUACAAGUCAAACAGGUCAAAGAUGUUAAAGAUGAAUGUCCACAACAAAAAGAAGCCAUCAGUAUUGAACAGUCAAUUGCAGCUGCCUUUCACCUGAAAAAUAAAGAUGUUUAUGUAAGCAAAGUUAAUCCAAAGGAUGUGUCAUUAGAUUUGGUAGAGUUAUUGUUUAAAGAGCAGUAUUUCAGCAGAAGUGACAUGUAUCGAAUGUGGAAAAGCCUGAUUGGAGGAUGUGUUUAUUUGAAUAAAAAGGUGGAAUACACAGAAAUGAGGGCUGAAGUAGUUGAAUUAUGGAGUAAAGGAGAGAAAGUAACAUGUGGUGUUAUAUCAGAUACAACCAGGGUAGUCUAUCGUUCUUCCACAGCUGUUGUUCAAAUCUUUAUCCAAAUGUCAUCUGAAAUGUGGGAUUUUGAUAUUAGUGGAGAUCUGUAUUUUGAAAAAGCUGUUAAUGGUUUUCUUACAGAUCUGUUUCUCAAAUGGAAGGAACAAAAUUGUUGUCAUGAUGUUACUAUAGUAUUAUUCUCUAGAACAUUCUAUGAUGUACACUCGAUAGAGGAAUUUCCAGAACAUAUUCGAGAUUGUUUACAAAUUGAUUGUAAAGGAAGAAUAUAUGAAGAUUUUUAUAGAGUGGUAGUUCAGAAUGAAAGAUAUAUGUAUGAAGAAUGGUCAAAUACGUUACGAGAUUUACGUAUUCUUUUUAAUAAAUAUCCUGAUCGUGUCUUACAUUAUCAUCGUAAAAACAGAAAACAUAUACCCAUGGGAUAUAACUCUACAGCUGCUCAAGGCAACUUUCUAGAAACUCUAAACAUGUCUUUAAAUUUAUUUGAGACCCAUUAUAUGGAUCGUAAUUUUGAUAGAACAGGUAAAGUGUCAGUAGUGAUAACACCAGGUCCAGGUGUAUUUGAAGUUGACCGUGAAUUAACUAAUAUUACUAAACAACGUACUAUUGAUUGUGGUGUUGGUAGUGAUUUAGUUUGUAUGGGAGAACAACCAUUACAUGCAGCACCACUAUUUAAGUUUCAUAGUAAAGAUGCUCAGACAACUUUUGAGAUAGGUGAUGAUUAUAAUAUACCACAUUGGAUGAAUCAUAGUUUUUAUAUUUCAAAAAAUCAAAUUGAGAAUUUCAAGAAUAUGUCAUUUAUACCAAGAAUUAAACCACCACAAGAAUAUUUAGAUUUAUUAGCAGAAAAACCAAAACUAAAAGCUUGCCGUACACCAUCUAAUUUUGAAGAUGAUGAUGAUAGCUUUCCAUUUAUGGAGUAUGAUGAAUAUGAUGCUCAAGUAUUCAAACUUCCAUCUCGGAACAAUCCAAGACCACUAGAUGAAAUUGAGGAAGUGCAGGGGAAAAGUUCCAGUUUUUACCAUAACAACAGGCGCAAACUUCAAGAUAAAAGUCAGUCUGAUGUUCAUGCUAGUCGCAGAACACGAUCUAGAUAUAGAUCUGAUGAUUUUGAGGGUAUUUAUGCUUCAGGAAGAGCUAUGAAUAAUACUAAGGUGGCAUCUUCAACUCAAGCUAUCUGCAUACCACCAGGUUCUAUUAGUGAUGACUUGGCUUCUUCAGUGGGAGGUUUAAAUCCUAUCAUGGAAAGAGGAGCGAGUCGUGUAUCAACAGAAUCAUCUGAGAAUGAAGAAAUACAGUAUAAUAGAUUAGUAGUAGGAAGUGCUGGAUCUCCAGUAGGCCAUAGUAGAAAGUCAUUAGCUAAUUAUCGUCCACGACGAGCUCUCAUUAAUCCUUUUGCACCAUCUCGAAUGCAGUUUAAAAUGACAGCUAACAUGAGAAGAUGGGUUCAUGCUUUUCCUAAAGAUCCAAAAGGUACUCCUGUUCAACCUAACAUAAUGAGGAGUUAUGGUUACCUAGAAGAAGAAGAAGAAAAUUCAUGGACAACACCAACUAAAGAAGUUCUACAGGGUGCCCAGAGGGCAGUAGAAGCUAGACGUCAGAGAUCUAUAUCCAGACAAGGUAGUAUAGAUCACGAUUUAACAAGUUGCCAGAACAGUACUGAUAGUUUAAAUGGAUUAAACGUGUCACCUAAUCACAGUCAACAUACUACAUCAUCUAAUGAUGGUUUAAGUUCAUCUCUAUCAAACUCAACUAUAACUAAUCCAGAACAUGGGCGUUAUAAGGGAGGUAGUAAAGCAAGGGAGAAAUUAUUUGUAGAUUCUCGACCAAUUGGUGUUGAUCCUGGCUGGUAUCCGUAUAUGACUACAGGCUGGGAUUGGAGACCAUUAGACAAGAAUGAGGAAAGAAUGUCGGUAUCACGCCUAGUGAAACCUAUUUUAACUGCAGAUAUACAAUCUCAGAAUUUUUCUUCAGGAAUAAGUGUGGACUGGAAGUCUUUGACUACACCAGCAUCAUUACCAAUAACAACUGAUUUUUUUCCUGAUAGUCACAGUCUACAUUAUGACUAUGUUGUAUCAGACUAUAAUCUAUUACCAGAUGAUAUUAAUAGUGAUUACUGGAUAAAACCAGCUAGUACAGAAGAUGAAAAGUUUUAUCGUCAAGAACCUAUAACCACAGUUCAAGUAUUUAGAGAGUUAAUUAAUCAAAGAUUAGCAGAAGGCUUCCAGUUAAUUCUAUUCAAUAAUCCUAAGAUUAUCACCCAGAAAGAAGCUAAUAUGGGUACCAGUCCUCAAUAUCAACAUGCUUCUAGUUUAAUACGGGCUAGGCCGAGACAAGAAAAUCAGGAGGAGUAUUAUUUAAGUAUUGGUCGAAUCUUCCAUAAAUUAACUCUAUGUGGACCUACUAUAACAGUUACACGAUACAGGCCACGACAUUCACAGCCCAAACAUCAUUAUAAAUAUUUAUAUCGGUUCCAAUGUCCUGAUUCCAAUAGUUAUGAUGUUUCAUGGACAGAGUUCAGUAAUGAACAAUUAGAGAAUUAUAAUUGGAAUUAUUUAGACCAGUAUAUAUGUACAAGGGGUGAAGGAGAUUAUGAUUUAAUGGAGUCCUUGAAGUUUUGGAGAAGUCGUUUCUUCCUCCUGCCAUGUAAUAAUUCAGCUACAAAGAAGAUUAUUGAGGGCAGUUCACGGUGUGACAUAUAUGAAGAUAAAACUCUAGCAGAAUUAAAACAACUUAUUUCUGGUUUUCAAAGAUUUUUAGAAGUUGCCAAUAAAAUCAAACGACCUCAACAAACCAGAAAAUCUCGAGUGAAUUUACCACCAGAAGGAGUUAAUCUAACACCUGAUUCUAGUCCUAAUAAACCAGAAACUGACAAACAAAUACAUAAAGAAGAAAUCACUUGUAGUACGCCGUCAGUUAAAAUAAUCGAAACUAUGAUGGAUCCACAAAAUGGUCUAUGUUUUCUACCUAAACAACCUGGAAUACAAGAGAACUGUUUUAUAUCAGCUGAAUGUGUUACAUGGUGUAUACAGAAUAUACAUGGUGUUAAAACCGUACCAGAAGCUUCACAAUUAAUGCAGAAAUUAUUAGAUGAUCAAUUGAUAAUUCAUGCAUCAGGGAAUCCUAAACAUAGAUUUAUUUAUGGAUUUUAUAUCUACAUGGUUGUUACACCUACAUCUAAACAAAAAACACAAGAUUUAAAUCUGGGAACAGGACAACCAUACAAUAUGUUCUUCCAAAAUGAAUUCUGUGAAGUUUCUAUAAAACACUGUCAAGAGGAGGAAGAAAUACAAGAAAUGAAAAAAUUCUAUCUGAGAGAUGAGGAACUUGCCCCAUUUGAUGAUGAAUCAGAUGAUUGGCGAGUUUUAUCUGGAUUGAAUUGUCGUGAUAAAGGCCAACAGUUAGGUUACAAUCUGCCGUAUACAUUUAUUUGUAAAAUAACAGAAGGAAAAGUCAAUCUAUGUGAAGUUAAGGCAACAAAACACAACAAGUUUGUCAAUGUGGAUGUAGAUAUUAAUAAAAAGAGUGAAAGAUUAGAAUGGGCUACAGCGCGUUACCAUGCCUACUAUCGCCCAAAUACAGCAUUUGAAUUACAAGUUCAAUGGAUGGUAGCUACCGGUUGUCUUCUUGGUGAACUGGUAUAUAGUUGGACAAGAAAAGCAGUAUCUAGUGGUUUUCACUUUCUACCAGUUCCAGUUGACCCUUUUGCUUUACCUAAUUCUCCAAAUUCUGAUCCUCUUCGUGGUCCAAAAUUUGUUCCAUUAAAGAUGGAUACUAUAUUCAAUGACGAUUUUGAGAUUCAAGACCUUUCAGAAAAUGCUAGGCAAGAACAGUUACUACAUUUUCAACAAAUUAUCAUUAAGAAGUUUGGUUUUCUUCCUGCUGGUGUAUAUUCAGCUGGAGUGAUAUCUGACGAUACUAAUACUGAAGUUAACCAAUAUGUACAUUGUACUGGUGGUAUGUUCAUCAUUAUACCAGAUUAUAAACUAUUAUCUCCUAAAUCAGUUGAAACACAUUACACCUCAAGCUUUAGUAAAAGAUCAUCAUCAGAUCUUUGUAAAGAUUACAUUGCUCGACAACAGGAACCAGAAGAAUCACAUACAGAAACAGGUUUUCUUUGGUCGUGGAAUUUCAUGUUGUCAAAACGCUGGAGAUCGUCAAACACCGGAGAUGAACAUUUCCAAAAUAAAGUGUUGGCCGAUUUUAGGAAGUUUGUAUCAAACAGCGAUGGUCGUUUAUUAGAAUUGUGGAAUGAAUACAAAACAAAAGAUUUAUAAUUUAUUUGUCUGGAUAUUUAAAUAGUGCUGUGAUUCAAGAUAUUUGUGCUUUAAAUGCCACUCAUGCCAUUAAGAAUGGCAUUACGGUAAUACUGUGUGUAUUAUUUUGACAGAUGAUGUAUGAUCUGGCUUUGGUAUGUCGGUAUUAUGUUAGUCUAAAAAUUGUAUGUGCCAUGUUCAAGAAUUUACAUUUAAAAUUUAUAAAUAUUUUAUGAAUUCAGUAUGCAUGAAUAUGUGCUUUUAAUUUGUACCCAAGUGCUUUAUCAUUGAAGUAAUCUUAUGUUUAAAAAACAUUAUGCAAGAUUUAGAGAAAGCUGGCCAAUUUUGCUAUAAUAGUGAAAAAUGAAUGCAUUGAAAAUUUCAGUCAGAUUACUUUAUUCGAAGAAUGUUUGAAGUUUUGACAAGAUACGUAAUUGGCAGAUAAAACUCAGCCCACAGUUCAUAUUCUCGAUUGUUAAGUGCCAUAGCCAUGAUAGUAAAUGAAGUCUUUGAUUGCCAGUCCUUUUAUCCAGCCAUAUCAGCAUUUGACGCAGAUAUGGCAGUCAUUGUCUAAUCCACUCAAUAUCUAAGUCAUCCAAUAGUCUAGAGAGUUGAUUAUGGGUUUGCCUGUUUGUCAUGUGAAUAAAAGUCUAAUUUAUAUAACAUUUGAAGCCACAAAAAAUUGCCUGGUAAUAGGCAAAUUUAGCUAGAAUUAAGGAUUACAGCGAAAGCUGUGCUUGUGUUAGCUUUUCAAGAAACAAACUCACAUUAACACAUUUGAAUUACCGUAUUAGCCCCCAUGGUAUCACAAGUCCCAAUAAAUUAUUACACCUAUUCCUUUGUUUCAAUUACCCAAUGGAUAUGAAAAAAUCCAUGUUUGUUUUUUUUACCAUAAGUGUAUAUAGUUGAUUUUAUUACAAUGUGAUAUGAAUGAUAUGCUGUGAUAUGAUAAAGUGUUGUUAUAAAAUUAUAUAUUUUUUACCUUGUUCUGUCAGUAUUUUGUAAAGCGCCACAGAGCAGUCAAAUGAUUAUUAUUAAAUGUAGGUGUAGAAUUCCACCAUAUAUAUUUCGUACAUGAUUUAUUGAAUACACAUCACGUCAAUUUUUGGUAUUUUGUUUUACAUUCACAUUUACAAAACUGUUUAAUAUAAUUAAAUUUCCAUCUGUAUUUUGUUUCAGUCUUAAUCUAUUAAUUGGUCCACACUGCAGAGGCCACAUGAGUUCAACUGAACAUAAACUUAUUAAAGAUGUAGUUAUACUAGUUAGGAUAGUGUAACUAUCAUCAACAUAAAUAAAAUAAAUGUAAAGACAAUCAAAUUCUAAUUAAACAGCUGUGUUCAUUUCUGUGCUGAAUUUAAUGAUGGGGCUCAUUGUUAACAAUUCUUGAUGACCUCUCUAUUUGUGUAUUUAGCUAUUAUUUUUAAACAAAUAACAAAAAUGAAUUUAACAUGAAGUCUGUUUUGGAUCAACAAUUUUUUUUAGAAAAAUUAAAACAUCUAAUUGUUUUAGGACAUAUUUAGGCCUAAAAUCUUGGUACACUGUGCAGCUUCACUAUUGGCACUGCCUUAAAUUUGGCCCUAGUUCCAAGAAGUGGAAUGAAAUAGUUUAUUGCAUUAAGUAAUCAUUUGGCUUGUGUAGAUAGUUGUAUGCAACUACCAUUAAAGAUGUAUUUAUCAUCUAUAUGUCAUGUUACAAAGGUCAGUAAAGUAAUGAAGUAUAAAAGUGAUAUCAAUUAAUCGAUUUGCAGUUUUGUCUUGACGUGCACAUAAAAGAUCCCUUGACAGUUGGAAUUCGAUAUGAGUAGGCCGUAGUGCCACUGUCCGGGCAAAAUUUUCCCUAUGGCACACUGUAUGGCGUAUGCCCGUCUUCAUUAGCCCAGUUCGGAGCAGAACAGUAGGAUGUUAAACCCGAUUUCAUUCCAUUUCCUCUUCCAUAUACUGAUGUUCUAAUGUCAACAUCUUCAAUAGAAGGCUCAAUCUCGCUUUAACUACGUACAUCUUAUCAAGGCCUUCACGUAAUACCCUGCAUAUUUCAGCACUAAUUUUGAUUGGGUACAAGCCCAGCUUGUGAGCCAAUCUGAUUCCUCGAUCGUCGCGAAUACCAAGUCUCACGCUUUCAAGCUAAAAUGUCUACCUGUGAUAAUCAAGUUGCAAAGUUCAAGGUUCAUUCACUGUCAAGGUUUCCGUGGAGGUUGCGAUGUCACAACCUCUGAUUGGACGCUACUGCUCACCUGUCUCUAGAUAACAUAGCUAUAAGUUCAGGAAUUGAGAAGUAAACAAGCAACGUCCAGAGGUUUUAAAACUCGCAGUCGUUGCUUCAGGAACAUGUAAUAUCAAUAGAUCAGUUCUAAAUAUAUAAACUCACUUAUUUUUACACUUGCAUGGUCCCUCUUAUAGAGCAAGACCAUCAACAGUCAUAAAAUGGUAGCAUCUUUCAUUGGCUAGUAAUGAGAUGGUCUGAAAGGCCUUUUCAUAUUGUUUUGACAGUUAUAUAUAAAAGAAUAUAUCGAUGGCUUAGAGCACAACUGUACUAUGUCCAUUUUUGGUGAAAAUAAGAUUUUUAGAUAUUAAAAAUCCUUAUUCCAGGGCGCUUGUUGUGUAAAAAGAUACAAGUCCCCUGACAAUUUAAAGCUGUCGAAAAGGCACAAUAACCAUAAGUGUUAUGUACUACCCACAUAUUUCUUUAGAGCACACAUAGUCCAUGUCCGGACAUAAGUCUUUUGUGCAUUUAUUCUGGCAAAAAAGUGCGGACAUAAGUCAUUUGUACAUCAAUUUGAACAAAAAAGUACGGACAUAAGUCAUUUGUUGUGCACUACCCACAUAUUUCUUUAGAACACACAUAGUCCAUGUCCGGACAUAAGUCUUUUGUGCAAUUAUUCUGACAAAAAAGUACGGACAUAAGUCAUUGUGGAUCACAUUUAUCCAAAAAUCAGCUGUAUGCUGUGCUUAAGUUGAAGUGCGUCUCUAUCAGCCUAUUUGAAUUGAUUCAAGCAAUAAUCUUUCCUGAAACCAUAUACAUCCACUGAUAACUUACUUUUUUAUAGCUUAUUGAAAUCUUAAAAUACGUUUUUUUCUCAAACCUUAAAAAUGGACAUAGUACAGGUGUGUUCCAAGCCAUCGAUAUGUUCAUUAACAACAAUAGGGUAAUGUACCAGAAAGUUGUGAAUUAAAUAAAUUUGAUGUUUACAUGGGAUACGUAUAUAUGGAUAAGAAAGCUGUUAAUUUUUGUUUCCUUUAUGUGUGUUUUUUUUUCAUAAUGUACAAUAUCUAGUCAAACUAUGUAAAAGGGUAAGAAAUGCUUAUAUGAUAUAUAUAUGAUUUGUUGGUUGUGAUGUAUCAGAAUGGUUAUUAACUGUAUUAAUAUAUAUCAUUUCUACAUACAAUGUAAUCAAUUUCUGGAUUUUCUUAUUAAACACAAAACUCAAAAA